AUGAACAUUACACUAUGCUCUUCACUUCUGAUCAUUUACAAUAAUAAUCAAUCACUACUGAUCGUUGCUUUGAUAAAUUUAGCUUUUACAAUUUUGGCUGGUAUUGCUUUUGCUGUUCAUAUCCCACAACUUGUUAUCGUUUGUGUUAUUUAUAAAGUUUUGUGUGCAACAUAUUUAUCAUUUCUGAUAUGCAAAUUGAUCGAUGCUUUGGUCAUGGAACAGUGCCAUAUUACACCAGAAAACAUAUGGCUUAUUAUAGCACUUAUAUGCACAACGAUCGAAAUUAGGUUAUUGAUGAAUUUUAAAGUAGAAGCGGAGGACGACGAACGAAUGCAAUCACCACCGAAAUAUUCCACUUGUGCUUUAACAUCAUCUCCAACCGAUUCACAAUUACCAACUUAUAUUGAAGCGCUCAAAAUAAUUGAGGAACAAAAUGAUAGUUAG